CAUUCAGAGUUCAGCUUCUUAUGUCCGCGCUGCGCGCUCCUCCAAGCGCUCAUUCUUUCUCAGACAAGCAAAGCAGCAAGUAACAUGGCUGACGAGAUAGAUACUGGAAAUUCCUCGGAUUUAGACAACGCUCGAGAGAUGGGGAUGAACGUGCAUAAACGCCAAACGCGCGUUACGAUAAAAUACAACCGCAAACAGCUUCAGAAAAGGUUGGAUGUGGAGAAAUGGAUCGACGAAGGGCUGGACAAACUGUACGAGGGCAAGGACCGUGAGUCAUUUUUGUUGCUUUGUUUUGUUUAUUUUGGAGGGCAUGCCAGAAGAAGUGAACAUUGAUGAUUUGUUGGAUCUCCCAAGUGAUGAAGAGCGAACGCACAAACUACAGGUUCUUCUGCAGACCUGCACCAAUAGUACUGAGGCUUUUAUUGCUGAGCUUUUGCAGAAGCUGCAUGGUCUCCAUAAACAGGAAGAGCUGCAGAAUGAAGGAAUUGAGCAUCCCUGUCUCCACACUUAUCCCCAUCACCAUGGCAACAUCCAACCUCACAGAGGCAAACAUCAACAUCCAACACAUCAGACACUGUGAUUUCAUCCAGUUUGGAUAAUUGCACUCACUGGACUGAGCUCCCUAACACAGAUUCAGGACACACAUAUGAUGUAUCCAACUAGUUAAGCAACUCUGUAACUGUUAGGUGUUUGUUUACAAACUCAUGUGAGUGGUAUAUUAACAGUGUUCAGUUGUAAAAUUCCUCAUUACUGUUGGCAACUAAAUCUAUGCAGUAGCAUUAA